CAUGCUGACCACGAAUGCGUUCUGGUGAAUUGUUAUUGCCACAGUAGUCAUUACUAUCUCAUUAUUGCAACGUGUCUCUGAAUGUCAUGUACACAUAUAGAAAGGAUGUCGAAUGUCUGAUUUAUUUUCAAUACUAGGCCUAUGCUUAAUAUUUAUAUAUCUAUAUAUGUGCACAUACCGAUAUAUAAUUACUUUCUCUUUAUUUAAUCAUUUAGAGAGCCGACGCCACCACAAAUGUAAAUAACUUAUUAAGAAGCAUCGGUCUCACAGAUAUCACGUUCAAAACCCAUAUAGAACCAUAAGCACACAUCGAAAAAAACAAACAAACAAAACAAAACAAAACCAAAAAAGAAAACAAAUUAAAAAAAAUAAAAAUAAAAAAACAAAUUAAAAAAAAUACAAUAAAAAAAUAAAAAAAUAAAAAAAACGGCACAGAACUGUUAAAGUUCAUAUGGAAAUCAAAGACAACAAUAUUCAUUACAGCAGAGCCUCAUAUAAUUCAACAACACGGUGUAACUUAUGCAUUACACAAAAGGCACUCAUGAAUACGUCCAUGUUUAGACAAACCACCUUGAACAAAAGAACCAAUCUGCUUUUAAAAUGCAGACACAGCAACGAAUUCCUAUAUUAUUUCCUAUAUAUUCCUAUAUAAUAUUUAAAAAUGGCAAAAUAUUGAAAAUAAAACAAUGUUGUGGGAAAAGAUGAAUAGAUCACACCAGCUUUGGAAACGUACAGUCACUCUGUAGAGUUUAUACCUCCCUCCUGUACCAGAAAAGCAAAUAGGCUUAAUACAAAGGGCGUUAUGGGCGAUACCAUUUCUUCCUUUUAUACCUGACACCCCUAAUUUAAUAGCCUGGGCCUUCCUUAGAUCAAUAUAUACCACUAAAUUAAUUAUGAUGAUCCAUUUUUUGUUUAAUCCUGCUAAAGACAGCGAUGACAUAACGUCCCUGGUGGAGGUACCGUAAGUACGCGAUAGAGAAUGACGACGAAGAGCGCCAUCUACUAAUAUUGAUAUUCUUGAACUACAUGACGCAGACUUUGAGCUGCCAUUGUCAUUGCAAAUUUUAGUUGUUGCAACAAUUCGUUUUCUGUUGAACUGUCGUACCUAAAUGGACCCUAAAGCUGGGACGUGAGAAGUAAUUCAUAGUACCAAUAUUCACAAAGCAAUUCCAACACAAUGCCGGAUGAUACAACAAACAAGAUGUAAACACUGACCGUCAACAAUUGCAUCCAUAAAACAACCAAUCGUACAAAGUCCUUGUGUUUAGUUCUUUAUGACUCGAUCGUAGGCCUACACAAUAUAAACAUUCAUAAAAAUUAACGUCGACAAUAUAGAGAUCUGGGGAGAAAAGCGAUGGAAACGACUAUUACAUUUGAAAUAUCCCUCAUCUGCUUGUUUACAAUGAUUGUGUUUUGCUUAGGUCAACUACAAGUAAGAACACCAGAAUUGCAGAUUUUCCAGACAGGCGAAGAUGCUAUAUUCUCUUGUACGUAUGUCCCUUCUGAUGCUACAGAUGUUGAUAUUACGUGGUUUAAGGGUGACAUUUUUAGCGAGAGUCAUAAUUUAAUUGAAAGAAGUAAGGUUAUAGAUGGACGGGCGUCAUUGCUGAAUGCAAGAACCGGCGACGCUAGCAUGCAACUCGCUUCCUAUUCAUCGGCCGAUGAAGGCGUAUACACUUGUAAAGUUUUUGGGAACGUAAACGGUAAUGGCGACCAAGAUCAGAAAACAACGGUAAUUACGACAAAACAGAACGAGAUUCCCAUUAUAGAAAUAUCAUCUUCGGAUAAUCUCUUAGAGGGAACACUUGCCACACUAAUCUGUGCCACAAAUUCAGAUCCUGAUUCAACCAUCUUGUGGUACCGAGAUAACAAACUGUUGCCUAUUGGUGGAAAGUAUCAAAUUGACGGCCAUGUUCUAAAUAUAACUACUCUAUCAAAUAUAGACCAUGCAUGGUUUAAGUGUCAAGUGAAAAAUAAUGCGGGAACCUUCAUGAGUGAUGCGAAAAUAUUGUCUGUUAAAUAUACACCAAUUCCAAUGCUGUUAUUUAAUGGCGACUUAGUUACCUGUCUUGGGGAGGAUGCAAAUCCACCGCCGAUUUCGUAUGUAAUAUAUUUCGAUGGCGUACAACAACCAGUUACCAAUGAAAAUAAAGCUAAACUUAAACAAAACACAUGUGACGUUAACAUUACGUGUUUUGUAAAAAAUGCUGUUGGAACAGGAAGUGACAUGGAAAUAUUUUGUCCUCAGGAUAUCAAUCCACCAGAAAAACAAACCGGUCUGGAAAGGGGCGCUGUUGCUGGUAUUCUGAUUGGCGUCACCUUAGUAUGUACAGUGGUUGGUGUUCUUAUAUUUUUAGUCGUGACAGGGAAAAUUACUUUUAAACACGGCGAAUUUCCAGUUCAGGAUACUGGCGAAAAAUGCGAUUGGCCAGAGUCAUUUGAUGCGGAGCCUGGAGUGAGCUCAAAACACCAAGACUUUGACAGUAGCAACUCUAAUUGGAUCUAGUUAUGCUUACAUUUACGAUUGGCAGAUUCUAUGAAAUCAGAUUUGUGAUAAAUGAAAUACGAGAUAGGCUUAAACCAAUAGUGUUAAGCAAUAAUUAGUUAACUUAAAUUAUUAAAUAUUAUACACAUCAGUCACAUGUAAAACAAUAAA